CACUGAUCCAUAGUAAACUAGAUUCCAAACACUACAGAAAUAUUGUUUUUAAAGUGGUUAAUAAUAAACAGAAAUGAUUAGCUUUUAGGUAGUCUAAUAAAAUUUUAGUAAUGUUUUUAAACAGCCUCAACGGUUUGCGUCCCAAACUAAAUACCUGGGUAAGAUAUACAAGAGGUAUAAGACCUCAAAUUAAAGUCGCUAAAGAGAAAUUCCAAAUCAGUCUAGACCUACAUCAGUUCAAAAGGGAAGAAAUACGUGUUAAAGCUAUCCCUGAUUACGUUGUUAUUGAAGGUAAAUUAGAAAGGAAAACAAAACGAGGUGAAGUGAUCAAGCAAUUUGUAAGGAAAUUCAGAUUACCGGACGGUUGUGAUCCGAAAACUAUAAAAUCUGAACUAUCUUCUGAUGGUAUUCUUACAAUAACAGCACCCAGAAAAACAUAUGAGGUUAAUAUGCCAUCAGAAACUUUUAUCCCAAUAAGUUACUCUGGUCCAAGUAAUGAUAAUGAAUCUAUAAUACCAGUCAAAGACACCAAAAGUGACUCACCAAUAAAACAAGGACCAGUUUGUGAUGAUAAAAAGAAAUAAUAUAUCAUUAUAUCAUAUAUCAACU